AUGAUGGCCACGCCAGUGGGGCGGUUUACUUUUUCCGCGGGGCGGCGGCUCGCGGGCCACGGGACCAAGUCUUCCUCCUCCAGCAGUUCGUCCGCCACUUCUACCCGGUUCACCGUUCAGUUCGGCUCGGCGUUCUCCACCGUGAACCUGACUGGCGCGGCGAACCAGCGCCGGUUUUUCAGCAAGAUGCAGGCGCCACCGAUGGUUUACAUCAGCGGCGAGGAGAUGACGCACUACGCCUGCAACCUGAUGAUGGACAAGUGGAUCAAGCCCAACAUCGACACCUCCAAGUGGGAGUACUACGAUCUGUCCUGCAAAGCCCGCGACGACACGGAGGAUAAAGUGCUCCACGACGCCGUCGAGGCCGGCGCACGCAUCGGGGCGAUCUUCAAGGAGCCCACGAUCACACCCACCGCCGACCAAGUGAAGGAACUCGGUACUCUACAGAUUUUUGAUGUAGGGUUGAAAUAGGAAAGGAAAAAAUUCAAAUUGUGAAGAAGCUGCAAAAGUCUAAAGAUCUUUCCGCUGUUUUGGAUCUCGCCGACAUGCGACGGUUUCCUUGACAAAAUGCUCCUCAUUUUUGUUUUCGGGGGUGGUACAAUGAAAAACCACGGACCACUAUGAAUGUACUUGCACGCAUCUCAUGCUCAUCACAGGUUUGAAAAAAGCCUGGGGUUCGCCGAAUGGCGCCAUGCGGCGCGGAUGGAACGGCAUCACGAUUUCCCGCGACACCAUCCACAUCAAGGGAAUGAAGCUCGGGUUCGAAAAACCCGUGCUCUUCGAACGCCACGCGGUCGGCGGCGAGUACGGAGCGGGCUGGGAAGCGGUCGGCAGUGGCAGCAUCGAAACUCGGUAUAGAGUUUUAUUUUUGUGGUUGGUUCUUCUUCGUGUGCUUGUCAUUGCGAAAGCGAAUCGGUAUCCACAUGAAUAAUCGAUCACUUUCCAGAUGCAGGAUAAUUUUCAGGGAGAGCAUCUCGCAUCUGAUGUUCUCUACUACUCAAGCUUAUCUUUUCCACCUAUGUCUUCACUUUCGUCUGCGUGUACGUUGCUUACAAGUGCAUGGUGAAAUAAAAUCGCAGGUACUACCCCUCCAACAUGACCUCCCUCGCUGAUGCCAAAAUCGUGGACACCCGCAAGUUGACGGAUGACGACAACGUGGUGGUGACCUACCACAACCCCUUGGACAAUGUGGAGGCGCUGGCCCACCACUUCUUCGGGCGCUGCCUGGAGGCCAAGGUCACCCCGUACGUGGUGACGAAGAAGACCGUAUUCAAGUGGCAGGAGGGGUUCUGGCAGAAGAUGAAGAAGGUGUUCGAUGAACACUACCUGGAGAAGUACCAGCAGGCGGGGCUGCUGGACAAGUGCGGGAACCAGCUGCAGCACUUGAUCUCCGAUGCGGCGACCAUGCAGAUUAUCCGCUGGACCGGCGGCGGCUUCGGGAUGGCCGCGCACAACUACGACGGAGACAUGCUCACGGACGAAGUCGCCCAGGUGCACCGGUCCCCGGGCUUCAUCACCUCCAACCUGAUCGGCCAGAAGGCCGAUGGCACCAUGAUCAAAGAAUAUGAGGCCAGCCACGGCACGGUUGCGGACCUGUGGCACAUGCACCUUCGGGGCGAAGAGACCAGCUUGAACCCGCUUGGGUUGGCGGAAGCCAUGAUCGGCGCAAUCCAGCACGCGUCCAAGCUGGGCAUGGUAUUUUAUUUACAUUGAGACCAAUUUUUUUGGGAUUGGGGCGCGACACCUUUCGGUGUUGUAUUAUCCUUUUCGGGUUGGGUAUAUUCACAUAAUAUAUAUAGACCCGGGAAAGGUAGAAAUUGCCCGAAAGUACUGAAAUCGUGAAGCACUUUAUCACUCCCCGCGUACCCUUACCCGAAACCACUCCAGCGAUACCCUUACCCGAAACCACUCCAGGGUUUCCCGGUUUCCCGGUUUCCCGGCUUCCCGGCUUCCCGGUUCUUUUCGCUGUAGCUGACGCCGACACUGUAGCUGACGCCGGUCGUUUAGCUGAGCACGCCGGUUUCUUCUUUAGCGGAAGCCGGUUUUUUAGCUGAAGCCGAUUUUUUAGCUGAAGCCGGCUUGUUAGCUAAACCCGGCUUGUUAGCUAGACCCGGCUUGUUAGCUCGAGCCGUUCCUUUAGCUAAAACCGGUUUUGUAGAGCUGCCGCAGUUGUUUCAGGCGCGCCAGCCAGUCUAGCUGCUGAAGCUGCAGCACGGGGGCCCCGCCGCGCCUCCUUUGGGCUCUGCGGCCGCUGGGCUUUUCCAUGGAGCUGCUGGCCUCUCGGUUGCCCUAGCAGUUCUAGGACAGAAAAACAGCCGCCGCAAUAAAGAGAAAGGCGGAACAGCUUCCCGAGUCUGUUCGCACAUAGAGAAAGGCGGCGCGAACGCCCUCCCGCUCUAGGCACGCAAAUUCUACGCCGAGGCCUCCCGGCAAGUCAGCGCCUUCGCUUCCAAGCUUGCUCGCUUCCCAGCCUGUCUGCCUCCUGGCUUUUUCGUUUUCGCUUCUCCGUUUUUAGCCUUUGGCCCUCCAAGCCCCCAAGCCCCCCACCUUCCCAGCAAGCCUGUCCACCUCCCAGCCUGUCGGCCUCCCAGCUUCGUUCCCGGCUCUUUUAGCUAAGACCGGUUUUCUAGCUAAAGCCCAAGCCGGCUUUGUAGCUGAAGCCGGUUUGUUAGCCGCGGCCGGUUUCUUUUUUAGCGGAAGCCGGUUUUUUAGCUGAAGCCGAUUUUUUAGCUAAAGCCGGUUUUUUACCCAAAGCCGGCUUGUUAGCUAAACCCGGCUCGUUAGCUCCACCCGCCUUGUUAACUAAAGCCGGUCCUUUAACUACCUACAGCCGGUUUUGUAGCUACCCCGGGCUUUUCCUGCCUGCUCCGCUUACUUAUCGAGCUGCCACAGCUGUUUCAGGCGCGCCAGCCAAUCUGCCUGCUGAAGCUGCGAAGCUGCAGCAACGGGGCCCCGCCGCGCCUCCUUUGGGCUCUGCGGCCGCCGGACUUUUCCAUGGAGCUGCUGGCCUCUCGGUUGCCUUAGCAGUUCUAUGACAGAAAAACAGCCGCCGCAACAAAGAGAAACGCGGAACAGCUUCCGGAAUCUGUUCGCACAUAGAGAGGGAGGCGGCGCGAACGCCCUCCAGCUCUAGGCAAAAGCGACGCCGAGGCCUCUCAGCAAGUCAGCGCCUUCGCUUCCAGGCUUGCUCGCUUUCGUUUCCCCGCCUUCCCAGGUUUUCAGCCUUCCCGGCUUCUCCAGUUUGCUCAACCUUUCGAACCUCAUUCGCCUUUUGAGCUUCUCAGCCCCCUCAGCCGCCCCAGUCUUUCUUACAGGCUUCCCUAGCCCUCCCAGUUCUCGCAGUCUGUUCAGUUUUUCCCGCCUUUUUCGUCUUUCCACUCUUUCCCGUCUCUAUCUUCCUUGUCCCGAAGGUCUGGCCUCCCCGCCUCGUUGUGUUCCGCCGUUUGCCUCGUCGCUUCUGCGUGGUUUUCAAACUGUUCGCAGAUAGAGAAACAGGCCCCGCAACAGACACAAGAAAACACGGGAGAAAAUGGCCGCCGGAAUCUGUUCGCACAUAGAGAAGGAGGCGGCGCGAACGCCCUCCCGAUCUUUCUACGCAAAAGCUCCGGCCAAGCUUCCGAGAAAGUCCCGCCGCGGAAAAUAUGAGGCGCGCCAUGAUCUUCAAACGCGCAUAGUUCUCAAAAUAAACGCACAAGCAAAGAUCCACAAAACGGCCCACGCCUGCGGAAAAAUAAGAUCGGCAGCCAGCGACUUGCCAAGUUAAAUGCCGCUCCAUAGCCAGAAUUAUCCGCAAGAGCUCCGCAAAUAUAUAAUUUGGCCAAGAGCAGAGCGGCCGCGUCUCGAAUCUCAUCGAAACAACCAGGACCCCAGUGGCUACCUGAAACUGACUAGCUGACACACCCGUACCCUUCCCCCCCGUCCUUUCCUUCUAGUUCUGCUUCCCCCCUCCCAGUGCUCUCGAUUUCGCUUCGGGAUAGAGAUUCCUUCCCCCUGGCUAGUAUUUUUAGGUUCAGAACAUGCGUUUUGCGCGCUUUCUCUGAUCAGGCCGUCCUACGCCCCACCGCCACAUCUUCUUCCCUACGAUUCUACGUCCUGUUUCCGCCCCUGUCCGACACCAGCGUCGAUAGGGUUUUGAGGGUCUUAGGGUUUAGGAUAUUUGAUUUACAUUGCGGGCAGUUUUUUCUUUCAUUUCGAUGCAGUGCGACAUUCUCACACACUCUCUGCAGCCUGGAACUGUAAGUGUACUCAAGAAAAAUGUAGGAGUUAUUUGUUUAAGCGGUUACGAUUGCAGUGAGUUUCUCGCUGACCUUCUUGGCAACUCAUCUAGUGCCGAAGAAGCUUGUGCCAAAUUGUUCUUCCGAGCAGAAAAAGCUAUCGAUACAACCGAGUUGCUGCACGACCACAACGUGCGAAGUAGAAGUUCUAGAAUUCAUUUCCGACAAACUUUUUUUUCAGGACAAGGGCGACUGCCCGGACGCCCAAAAAUUAAUCGACUGGUCCAACGGCCUGCGUGACAGCAUGCACGCCUGCAUGGUUGCCGGCGCGGGAACCCGCGACCUGUGUGGCCCGAGCGGGCUCACAACGGAACAAUUCAUUGACGCAGUGGCGGAGCACAUGAAGACCGGUGUGGUGCCGGGCGUCGCGGCCGCUGAGGCACCCGCAGCCGACCCGACCAGGGUGGAAGUGGUAUCAAUUUUAUACAGAGCUUCUUUUUUUUUCUGAAUUAUUGUACAUGUAGAUGGAUUGUAAAAAGAAGAUGUGGGAGGUCCUCGUCGUGUACAUGUACUUUUCGCUCGUUCGUGUGUUGCAUUUUCGCGUGUGUCCAUGUUUUUGAUUCGGAAUGAAUUUGUGAUGCGAAAUCGACAGUAAGAACAGCGUGUAAAUGUAAAUGUGUUAAAAACCUCCAAAAACUACAGCGCGACAGCAACGUGGAUAUGGACGUGGUAAAGAAGAUGUUCGACGAGUAUGAUGCCAAUGCCGACGGAACCAUCGACCUCGGCGAAUUCGCCCGUAUGCUGGUCAAACUCGGCGUCGCCCCCAAGAAAGCCGCAUCCAAGAGCAUGUAAAGUGCGUCUUUUUGAUGAUGUUGAGAUGUUACCCAAGAAUGUGUGUUGAGAGGAGGCUGGCAGUGCUGCGAGACUGUGACGAGAGGAGAGACGCUGUAAAAAGUUUGAAAGUAGGCAGGAAAACUAGUAGUACCUUCGUACCUCAUGAUAUCUUCUCACAACUAGCAUACGCAACACGGCAGUUUCCACAGUAACUUUCCUUCUUUUUUUGUAAUGUAAGACCAUCUCCAUAUGACAAUUUCUCUAUAGCCCGUAAGAAGAGGGCUGCGCAAAAAGAUAUAACAAGAGACAUACCAGCGGAGAAAAUAAGCUUCCGGCAGAUAAAUGAGUCAGAGUCUGAGUCAAUUGUUUACCACGUAUCAAUACCAUCGGUACGUAUAAUGCUCGCAUGAGAAUUUCGCAUAAAGACCAAGAGACGAGGAGGGAUAUAGUACCUCGCAUAAAGGCUACUACGUGAUGGAAAACAUUUUUGAAAUGCCCUUACGCAAAGUAGGCACGACCAUAUUCUAGAAUACUAGUCGCACGCACAUCCGUACUUCUAAAAGGACCUUACAUUACACAUCAACCUGCGACUUCAAACGAAACACCCCCUGUGUCAAUGGUGUCAACCUUCGGGCCUAGAGUGAUGGAAUAAAAUACUCAUUUCUCUUUUCUGACGGCAGGAAGCCGUGGCUGCUUGUGUCUGAGCGAAAGUGUUGCUCUUGUUCUUAACAUCCCACCUGGAACUGAACGUUCUCCUCGGACAUCUAUCGUGUGUGACUCAUGCAAACAAAUUUUCAGGGACUAAGUGGCAUGCGGUAACGUGACAGCCACUGGAGACAAGCGGAACCACGAGCGAGCGCGGGUCGGCGCGUCCAAAUUGACAAAGCAGCUAUAUUUUCCUUCGUCGCAUGGGCGCUUGCUUUUGUCGCCUCAUCCUUGCUGCACCUACACGUUUCGUUCAAUUUCUCGUCGAUGCGACCUCGUCCUGUUUUGCCUAGAGUCAGACGCAUCUAGUACUGACUUUGCGUGCCCUCGUGUACUGGUCUCUAUCCCGACGCACUUAUUUUCCACCGCAAAAGCGAAAGCAUUCAUCGAAAUACAAAUAAGGGAGUGCAGAUGCUCAGUUAAGAGUGAAGACACAGCAUUGAUGGUUUCAAUGUGCCAUGAGAAGCAGCACUACGGGUCCGUGGAAUGAACACAAACUGUAUGAUGAAGAACUAGAAGAAGAAGUGAUUCUGAGGGACGGGAAAGAGCAAAUAAACAUAGGCU